CACCAUAAGCAGUAGCUUGAAUAAUUAGUAAAAAGAACAGAAAGAAAGAAGUACCAGAUUAAUGAAAAGCAACAUUUCAUACAUUUCAUUCCCUAAUGAAGAGCUGUAUGCAGACUUUGCACAGUAUUGCAGUGUUUUCUGAAUCUUACUAAUAUCUACCUGGAAUAAGUAUAGAAGGCUGAUUUUGUGUCCAGAUGGUCCCUCUCACAUUUAAAAAUGUUCUGUGCAGCAUGUAGAUUUAUGGGGAGAAUCUUUUUUCUAAAUUGAUCUACUCUUUUAUUUAGGGUUUAACUUUCACUGCUGCUACUCACGUUGUGUUUGCUGAAUUAUACUGGGAUCCAGGCCACAUUAAGCAAGCAGAAGACAGAGCACACCGCAUUGGACAGUGCAGUUCUGUGAAUAUUCACUUCCUUAUAGCAAAAGGAACGUUGGAUCCUCUUAUGUGGGCAAUGCUGAAUCGCAAGGCCAAGGUUACAGGGAGCACCUUGAAUGGCAAAAAAGAGAGAAUGCAGGCUGAAGAAGGUGAUAAGGAGAAAUGGGAUUUCUUGAGUUUUGCUGAAGCUUGGACCCCUAAUGACAGUGCAGAAGAUCUCCAAAAUGAACUUCUGUUUACACAUUUUGAGAAGGAAAAACAGCAUGACAUACGUUCCUUCUUUUCCCCAAAAUCCUCCUCUGGAAAGAAACGCAAAAUGUUAUCGGAUAGUGAAUCAUCAUUAAAGGUUGAUGCAGAGUCUUUUGAAGCUGUGAAAGAAGAGGAUUCGGAGAAGAGCAGUGAAGAACUGGAUUCCACAAGAAUAAGUGAUGUGAAUACAACUUGUCAUGAAAGUACCUGUCAACAUGAAGCUAAAAGAGCAAGAAGCAUAAGUGGAUCUACUCCAGUCAGCUCCAGUAAGAAAAAGACUUUAACUGGAAAAAUGCCCGCUUUCUUCACAGAGAAGAACAAUAAAGGCCUUCCUUGCAGCUCAAAUAUUUCAAGCAAAAGCACAUCUUUAAAUAAAGUGUGGCACUGUAGUGUUUGCACUUACAGUAAUAAUGAAUUGCUUCCUUACUGUGAAAUGUGUAAUUGCCCUCAGAGCAAUAAAGGUGAGAGAAACUCUGAAGUUCCUACUAGUCAGACUGAAGAAGACGUGUCAGAAGACUCCAGAAGAGAUGAACAGAGAGCAGCAUGGGAUGCUGAAGAUGGUAGAGAAGAUUUGGAGGAAUUGGUGACCAAGCAGUCUGAAAUCAGUGAACAAGAAGCUGUCAAAAUCAGAAGUAAAGAAAAUGAAAGAAGGUGUGGAGAAGAUCAAUCAGAUGCAUUUCUAGUAUAUGAUGGGCUAAUGUUCUGUGCAAGCAGGAAUACUGAUAGAAUUCACCUCUAUACAAAGGAUGGUGAACCACUGAAUCUGAAUUUCAUUCCAUUGGACAUACAGCUGGAUAACUGGGAGGAUUUACCAGAGAAUUUCCAACAUAAACGAAAUCGUUCAAUGAUACUAAGGUUUGUGAAAGAAUGGAGUCACCUAACAGCAAUGAAACAGAAAGUUGUCAGAAAAAGUGGUCAGCUGUUUUGUAGUCCUAUUCAUGCUGCAGAGGAGAUGUCUAAAAAGCAGUCAGCAACAAGCAGCACAAAAAGGUAUGUGACCAAGGAGGAUGUAGCAGCAGCCUCACUUAGCAAAGUGAGCAGCAGUGGGGGCAGCGUGCGCCUCAUCACCAAAGAAAGUAGAGCUUGUCUGAGGAAUGAAAAUGCUUCUAUGGCACAACCAGGUCAUUCCACAAAGCUGUCUUCGGAGAGUGAAAAAAGUCCUUCUGUUCUUCCCUCCAAUUGGACUGAAGUUCAAAACUCCUCCCUACCCAAAGGCUAUUUGCAAGCCCUGGAUGGUGAAGGAAACCCACUUUGUCUCCGCUGUCAGCAGCCAACAGCUCAGCUUGACCAAAGCUGCCAGGCCCGUGCCUGGGACACGCGGUUCUGCUCUCUUGCCUGCCAGGAGGAAUUUUCAGUUCGUUCUAGUCAGAGCUACCUCAGGACUAAGGUGUUUGAAAUUGAACAUGGUGUUUGCCAGUUUUGUCAUCAGAAUGCCCAAGAGCUCUAUCUUAACAUCAGAGAUGCACCUAAGACUCAGCGUAAGAAACUUCUGGAGAGCUCAUGGAUGUCUCAUCUUCCAGUUGGGCAGUUGAAUGAAAUUAUAACAAACCCAACAGAAGGUCAGUUCUGGCAGGUGGAUCACAUCAGGCCUGUUUACAGCGGAGGAGGACAGUGUUCCCUGGAAAACCUUCAGACUCUGUGUACAGUCUGCCACAGAGAGAGAACUGCAAAACAGGCCAAGGAAAGAAGUCAGAUGAAGAGACACUCUAUAGCUACAAAGUACGGUUGUGAUAUCACAAAGUUUUUUGUGAAGAAGUAAAAUAAGUAUAAUCAGUUACAUUAUAUCUCAGGAAUUACUAUAGUUUUCCUCAUGCAUAAUUUUCCUCAUGCACUUUAAAAAAUAGUCUUGUAUGCUGGUAAAGAAAACAAAAAAAAUCAUUCAAAAUACUGAUUUUUUCAGAGGGCCUUGGAUGAAUGCAUGCAGAGAACUCAAUCAUGGUUACAUUUUUAUGGCCCAGCAGUUUAAAGCUGAACUUCUAUGUAUAACCUUAGUGGCAGUUUUGAAGUACUACAAUUUUCAUAUUGGUUCAUUUACGACUGUAAGAAUUGGAGGAAGUGCUGCUGAAAUUCAUGUUAGUCUUACAGUGUUCAGCUGUAGUGGGGUAUUAAGAACCAGGCAGCUAUCUUAGUGAACAAAGGGAAUAAUUUUAACUCAAUCAAAUGUACUGGAGAAAAUACAGGCUCUGCUCUCUAUUAUGACAGGAACAAGGCAGGAGAUGUGUUUCUUCUAAAACUGUCUUAUAACUACAUAUAAAAAUUAGUAGCAGCCUGGAAAGAGCUAUGAAAGGCCUGAUAGCUUCAUUUGACUUGGUGUAAAAGAUCUGGGCACUUUCAGUUCACAUUUAUUCAAAUAUCUGUUUAAAACAGCUAGCAUUUAAGGUUUGCUCAUGAGAAAUAAUAUCCAUUUUUCCUUGUCUCAUCCAAAGAUAAUUUCUGGGAAAUGCUAGAGCCAUAUUCUCUUUAACUAAAUUGCAGAGCUAAUGGUUAUUUUGCACUGUUUAAGUGGCUUUCUCUACAGUUACUUCAAAUAAAUCAGCAUCACCUUAAAGCUUUA